UCAUCUGGCAGUUGUUUGUGGCAAAAAAAAUGCUCGAAAAUGCGUAUAGAAUUUAUAAUAUUCUCGCUGCUCUUUGCAAUCAUUUGCCUGACAGCAGAGGCCACGGGCUACUCAGGCAACUCGCGUUUCCGGAAACGCAGCAAGCGGUUGCUGCCCUACGCUGGUGGUUCAACGGAUGACUCUAAAGGCGGCGGGAGAGAUGGUUGCAAUCAUGACAGCCAGCAGGGGGACAACCAGCUGCAGGACCAGGAGCACCAGCAGGCACCAAGACCACGCAAGCAGAAGAGCGGCAACGCCAAGCAACGGGCCUCGGGCAUAGCCGUGCAAGCAGCCAAGGAGGCGAAGAAGGCAAACGACGACAUGGCCUCGGCGGUGAAGGUGGCUUCGGACAAGAUCAAGAACGAGUACGCGGACAAGGCGAUGUCCGCAGCGAAGGCGGCGGAGGCAGUGCUCGCCGGCAAGGGUCAGAUGCUGGAACAGCUCGAGGCGGAGGUGCGCGAGGCCGAGGUGGUGGUGCAGGAGGAGUCCCAGGAGCUCGUCACAGCGGAAUCCAAUGCUCAGCUGGCCUUGAAGCAGUUUCAGCAAGCGCAGACGGAGCUGAAGAUGCUGCUGGCCACGCUCAAGGUUGCCAGGGAGAGCAAGGAAAGCGCCGAACAGAUGAACGCGGUCUGGCAGCAGUCGCUGACCGAGAAGACCGCCCUCCUGGAGGCGGCCCAGAACCGUGUGGCCGUUCUGCUACGCCAGCUGCGGGAUGCACGCAGCGAUCACAACAAGACCAAGAAGGCGGCCCUCAAGGCUCUGUGUGCCGCCAAGGAGGCCAAGCAGCGCAUCGAGCAGGCCGAAGCCGUUCGACUUUAAUCGUUCAUUUUCGUUCAUAUAUU